AUGAUACAGGACAUGUUGUGGAGAAGUCGGACAUCCGCAAAGCAUACAAAUUCGGAGGCGAACAAGUCACAUUCACGACUGAGGAGCAACAAGCGCUCAGGAACUUUGGUGAUCCCAUCAUCCGAAUCAUCGGAUUCAAGCCCCUCUCUGCUCUGCCUAUCUGGGCCAAUGUCAAGCACCCUUCUUUUAUCUACCCUUUCGGAAGAAGACUACAUCGGCUCGGCUCGCGUUUUCUCAGCACUCCAUCAAAAGCUUCUUAAGGAUCAAAAGCUGGCUCUUGUCUGGUUUAUCCCUCGCAAGAAUGCUACCCCAUGCUUGGCUGCCAUGGUUGCUGGCGAAGAAAGAGUGGAUGAAAAUGGUGUACAAAAAGUGCCACCAGGCAUGUGGGUGAUACCUCUCCCGUUUGCCGAUGACUUGCGACAGAAUCCAGAAUAUGCCCGACAUGCUCCCGCGGAUGAGCUAGUUGACGCGAUGCGCAACGUCAUUGGACAGCUUGAGCUUCCAAAGAAAGUCUACGAUGCUCAAAAAUAUCCAAAUCCUUCUCUUCAAUGGCAUUAUCGCAUCUUACAGGCUCUGGCUUUGGACGAAGAUGUUCCCGAAACUCCAGAAGACAAAACUAUCCCCAAGUUCCGACAAAUCGACAAGCGUGCCGGCGACUAUGUUAUGACGUGGUCCGAACUGGUCGAUGAGAAUGCGAAAAGGAUGUUUGGUGGAACUGCGGCGACAAAGUCAACCCUGGUCAAGCGAGGACCAAAGGAUCAAGCAGGAGAUUCUGGGGAUCCUCCAAGCAAGCGAGUGAAGCUCGAGAGUGGGACCGCCAACCUCGAUGACGAUGUCAAAAGGAGUUUUGAAAGGGGUGCGGUCGCUAAGCUCACUAUGCCCAUUCUGAAGGAGUUCCUGACCGCUCAUGGCCGUGCCACAGCUGGUAAGAAGGCCGAUCUCGUUGACCGGGUGGAACAAUUUUUCGAGGAGAAGAUCUGA